CAUGGCACGUCGGUAUUGUAAAUUAUUUAGUUCCUAUUACAUAGUUGGUAAUCACCAGAAACUAUGUAUGUACAUUAGUUUCGGUAACGAUAGUACCCAUCGCGAGUUUCACGGGUAAUUCGCAAGCGUCUGAAUUAAUAACAAAUUUGCUUGUAACUGAUGUGCAACUUUGAAUUCGUGUAAGCGAUAAAUAUCAUAUCCGCAACACGGAAAUUUAAAUGAACAAUUUGCAUUGUCAAGCCACAGAUUAAUACUGUUGAAUUUCUAAAGCUCAUUGAAUAAAGGCGUACGCUCAGUUCCUUUGAGUUGCGCAAUUUUGACGACUAAAAGAAACAUUACUCAAUUUCUUCGUCGCUAGUUCCAAAAACCUGUUUCGUAAAUCAUCGAGUUAUUGCCGAACCGUGUGAGAAUUAGCUAAAACACGAGCAAAAUUAUAUUUGAAAAAUUUGCCCCACGGAGAUAUCCACUCUGCAGAAAAUAUUAUAAAGUUGAGUAUUAUUGUCACACAAAACCCUAUUCCAAUUAAUCAUUAGACUGUGCAUAAUCUUUUUCCGAUACCGGAAACAAAAAGGGUACAUGAAAGGUUGACGAAUUAGAAAACUGUAGCUUCAUCUGCGUUCCUAAAAUACAUUUACAUAAUGGCAUGGGAUUUUCAAUAAACGUAACGUUAAUGCAACUUCGAUGAUAAAUUCGUUAAUAAUUCAUAAGGCAAUUCGUCAAAAAUAUUUCAUUGGCCAACAUACAUUAGCAACAUACAACGGUGAUAAUCAUUAAAUCAAAGAGAUAUAUUCCUAGAGAGAGAGAGGGGAGAAAGGAGGAGAGGGUAUUUGACUUUACAUCGAAUCGAUAGAUUACAAUUCAGUCAGGAAUGAAUGUAUCAUGCGAGCGAAUACUGCGCGGAAAUGCAAUAAAUUCAACAAUAAACUGUAUUGCCAUGCUGGGAUGCGGCUAUUCAGGCGACAUAUUGACACUCGUUCGCUCUAUCGUCGAAAACACGCAAUUUAUUACUCAUUAAUCUUGACAGUCUAAUUUACGUUAUUGAUCGAAUAUAUGAUAGGACGAUUUCUUCAAUGAAAUUGAGCAGAGUCAACGUGAGAAUAAUUGUAGCUCUAUAAUUCUAGAAUUAUCGCAGAUUUUCGUGUUGAUUAAAUCUACUAAAGUAUCGGUAAUGCAUUUGCAUAUACUUGAAUUUAGAUAAUGACGAGCACAACUUCAAAUUAAAGUUCAAGUUUAUGAACGGCAUGCGUAAAUAUCAUCGGUUGAAUCGCGUGAUUCAAGUUUCAAGUGAAAAAUUUGCGUUUCGUUAGCAGAUCGUUUCAAUCGAUUUUUUUGUAUAUCCGCACCAUGAAAUCGCCUCUGCAAAGGUAUUUUGAAACAGGAAACCUGAAUUUCUUGGUUCGCCAAGUGUUUCGAAAUGCAUUUUUGUCAACCUUUUACAUCACAAUAUAAUUUCGAUGUCAAUCCGUGGCUGGCUAUGACGAAAACUAGAACUGUAACUUUUAAAAAAUAUUCGGUCCAGCGAGCACUACUAGCUUUGCCUCUCACUCUAUUGAAAUCACUGACAAGCUACGACAAAUAAAUUAAUGCUUUAAUGAGUUCUUUCUUUCGUGAGCUGAACGCUCUUAUAAAAUAGGAUUUUUGCGAUCCAAUAAUCAGUCUAUUCGUGAUCCUCCAAAGGAGCAAAUAUGGCGUUGAUACAGGUGAAUACAGAGGAUACAAGUGUUGGAAAGUAGCGGUGAACGCAUUACGUCUUAUUUGAGAUUAUUGGUGAAAGUUAGCGUUGCGAUUAUUGACACGUUUACUUGAUACAAAUUCGUUGAGAAACAAUUAAGCAAGGAUUACAACGCAGGCAACUUGAACAGUUCGUCGAGCGAAGGAAUGUUGGCAGACGGGUCUAAUGCGAUCGAUCGUUCCAAUUUCAAGUUUCACCGAUGUUAUUGAUUAAAGAGUGGGGCGACGUUCCGUAAAACGGAUCACGGGAUCCGUGACAAAGUAUUACAAAGUCGUAAUCGUAAAGUAAAAACGCAGCAUGUUCUGGAAGUCUUUAUGCGAUCGGGAAAAUCGCCUCUGCGAGUCUGUUCCGCUUAUCAUCCAUAUUUCUGAGAAAGAAUAACGGGUUCUCCUUUUGCAAUUUUCUACCCAGAAUGUGCGACCUUCUAUGAUUAAAAUGAAUUUCUGUCGUGUUCUUCCAGCGUUCGAUUUUCACGAUUAAUUUUCGAGAUAUUUUUGCCACGACUUUCCAUCCAACCGCAUGCUCGACGUCAGACGGUAGAUUAAAAAUUGACAAUUCUUUUUUUGUCUUAUUCGCUUUCAGAACUUAGUUGUUUUUGCUCUGAUCUCGAUCGCCUUUGCUAAUGCUCAACUAAAAAUGUUUCACGAAGACGACGAAGACACUGGUAGCGUAGAUAGAGCCGGACACAGUGGGGGUGGAGGUCAUGGUCAUGCGUAUUCCUUUCAUCACUUUUCUGGACCCGUGGUGGGCCAUCACGAAGAGAUCAGUUGGAAAGACAAACACGGCCAUCAUCAUCACGAUUACAAGGCCCAUCCUAAGUAUAAGUUCGCCUAUGGUGUGGAUGAUAAACACACUAAGGACUACCAUGGACAGAAGGAGCAUCGCGACGGGAAAGAGGUCGAAGGAGAGUACCAUAUUCACGAACCUGGUGGCAACAUGCGGAGCGUAAAAUAUCAUUCUCAUCCCCAUGGAGGUUUCUUCGCGGAAGUUCAUAAUUAUGGAGGAAAUGAUCAUUCUGGUGGUACUUAUGGUGGACAUAAGCAUAGAUAAAUUACACGAUAUCUUUUAUUUAUUUCAAUAUCGUUGUUAUUGAAUUCACAUUGUUAUUGUUAUUGUUACACGCACAAUGUAUUUAUUAUUAUUAUACAGACUACAAUUUUGUUCUUAUUGUUGUCACAUUAAAGAAUAUUAAGCAGAAAAUACAUUAAAAAGCAAAUCAAACGUUAAGUUGACUUAACUAAAUAUCCGAGAACUCAUAAAAAAUUAACAUUUAAUACGGCUGUAAUCGUGUUACGAAAAUUUAUAUGGGAAUAUGUAUAUAUGAUUCAUAUGUUUCAAUAAUUUUUAUCAACGUUGCGUAGAAACUACAAUUUCUUGUCAGUUCGAAGUUUCACGAAUGCAAAUCAUAACACUGUAUCUAAUUCUUCCUUUUUUCAUAGAUAGAGCAAUUAAAAUAAAAUAUGCAUUGCUUUCAAAUAUUUCUUCUUUAAAUUAAAGCUCUGAGUAAAUUUUUCAUAAGGCAAACAGAGGAAGUAACUUCUGUAAUUAAAUUAACCAAAUUUACCCAAGUUAUCUCAAACUUUCUUUCAUCCAGACGUUGUUCAAAAAGGAAGAUUCAAAUUCUAGCAACGAUAAAAUUUCAUGAAACUUAUUCAGGAAUACAAACGCAUUAUUCCGCUUCCAAAAAUACGAGGACGUACAAUCCUCUUGCUUCUGCAGCGAUGUGUAGGAUGUGUAACACCUUCCAGUUCUGGUCCUCUAUAUCGCAUCGCUGACUAUAUUUUCGCGUCGCCGACCCUUGCGAUGAUCAAAUGCCACUUGAAGCUCGUUAAAGUAAUUAGCUGACAGAGUUUGCCACCGUUUUCAUCCUUUACGUAUCGCUUGGAAAAUUAUUUUGUCUAUUGAAAAGAACAUAACAUAUUUUUCAUUUAAUAUUUCUAUU